GCGACAGCGGCGAGGAGGUCAUCACGGAGGAUAACACGAUGGUUCUGCGUCCUCCCCGGGAGCUGCUGCUUACGAAGGAGGAUCUCUUAAAGUUUGUGGAGUUGGUGCAGGAAACCCCUUUGAAGCGGGUGAAGGAGUCGCCUGUGGUGUGGCGCUUCAUUGAGGAAAAGGCACGGCGGCUUAGGAUGAGUGAAUUGCUGAAGACCGUCGAGCAGCAGGCUGUCGUUGCGACGGCGUAG